AUGAAGAACAUGUUGAGAUGGAAGGAGGAGGACACCAGCCAGGGCGGUCAGGGGCAGAGGGCAGUUUUUGAGCCAGAGCCGCCUGCCCCACCGGCCAAGGCGACGGGUCAGGGCGGCAAUGAUCCGUGGGGAUACCAGUUGGAGGAGGCCGUCAGCCGGUUCACAGAGAAGGAAGGCGAUCGUUCCAAGGUGUGGCUCUUCAUUGACUACAUGUCGCUCCAUCAGUACAAAAGGGACGACCAUCAGCAGCGGAUAUUCAAGCUUGCGCUGGACUCGAUGCACAUCCUCUAUGCGCACGAGGUGGUGAGGGUCGAGAUCAUCAACAAGCUGACGCCGCCCGACAGAAAGGCUGAGGUGGAGAAGGUCCGGCCCACGAUCCACGUCUACCAAGAGAGCUGUAGCCGGGUUGUGGAGACUCCCAUCUACGACCUCACGGCGAACUCCGUGCCCUACUCUGAACGAGGCUGGUGUCAGGCGGAGAAGGAGUGGGCAAAUCUGCGCGAGACGUUUGCUGCUGGCGACGUCCCCUUGCCGCCCGAGCUCUUCUCAAAGCAGAUGGACUUGCUGAAGUUUACGCACCGAAACGACGCGGACUUGGUGAAGAAGCUGCAGGAAGAGGUCUUCCACAUCAAGGUCACGGGCACCACCAAGCUGAACCUCAAGCUUUCGCAGCAGGAGGUCCCCAUCCUCUGCCAGGCCCUGAAGAGUUACAAGAACCUGGAGAUGGUGAUUGUCCGCGACACCCCCCUGGGCUGCGCCGGAGCAGUCGCCAUUCUUCAGACGGGGGCGCGGCACAUCUUCCUUGAUGCCUGCCACCUGGGCGACGACGAGGCCCGGGCCAUGGCGGAGGUUCUGCGGCAGACGCCGAGCGUGGAGAACCUCACCCUGCGCAACACGCAGAUCUCCCGGCAAGGGGUCCAGGAGCUCAAGGAGGCCGCGCGCGUCUUCAAUGCUGUUGACCUGGACAUCCACAGCAAUGAGGCCUUUGCCGUGGCAGCUGGUGAGGACCGAUCUUCGGAAGGCAAUGCCUGGGAUCUGGACGUGCGCAAGAUGCACUGGUACUCGCACUACCGGCACACGGUCUUCGCCAUGAUCCAGGCCUGCCACGACGAGGGCGCCGAAGGCAUCGCGCUCAUGGCUGUGGCCCCUGAGCUCCAGAACGUGGUGACUCUCAAGGAGUGGCCUUGCCUGGAGGAAGAUCUGCCCAUUGCCUACAAUGGGCGCAAGUAUCCUUUCUUUGAUUCCCAGGGGCGCGAAGUGAUCCCCUUCAGCAUGAUCACCUUCCGGAAGGUUGCGCUUCCGGAUCUCCGAGAGGAGCUGGAGACGGCGACGCGUCGGGGGAAGUACGCCAUCAUCGCCUCCUGUAGCGAGGCACACUUCCAGGAAGCCGAGAAAGCCAUCCGCAAGCACAACACGGAUCGACCCCCCGGUCAUGGCCUAGCCAAAAGGGCCUGGGCCACGGCUUGGGACGUCUACGGCGGCUCUGCGUCGCACCCUGCUGAGCCUAGUCCUGCGCCUCUGCCCCCAUCGCCGGUUUGGCCGCAGCGGCCAUCGAUAGGGUCGACCAGCUCCUACAGGGAGCGGGUCUCGCGGAUGCGCAGCAGCGCGCUCUGA